GGGAUUAAUUCAGUAUCAACAAAUCAAGCAAAAAAGUUAAAUUUUCUUAUUUUUCUUAGAUUUUUAGACAAUUAUGGGAACUAAAAACUACUUAGACAUGAGGAAAUACUUUCUGGAUCAAAUUCAAUCUCAAUACACAAGCAACAAUGUUGACAACUUUAAAGCCUCUUUUGAGUCCUGCAAAGGCUCCGACAUCGACAAAAAAACUGCCGUCGAUCAAUCAUUCCGUGAUAUCCUCCUUGACGAGCUCGUUGGCGACAUCCAAAAAAUCGAAACUCUCAUAAAUUUCUCCGUGGAGUGCGGCAGAAAGAAUUACGCUACCGCAACAAUACCGGUUGUCUUGCUCGGCGACGCUUUCGACAUCAUGACACUCGAUCAGUGCGAAGAAAUGUUCAGUUAUGUCGAAAAAAACGUUUCUGUGUGGAAGGAAGAGUGUUUUUUCUCCGCCUGCAAGAAUAAUUUGCUUCGAAUGUGCAACGAUUUGCUCCGAAGACUCUCCCGAAGUCAAAAUACCGUUUUUUGCGGCAGAAUUUUGCUGUUUCUCGCGAAAUUUUUCCCAUUUUCCGAACGCAGCGGCUUGAAUAUCGUCUCGGAAUUCAAUUUGGAGAACGUGACGGAGUUUGGAGCGGAAAGUACGGAAAUCGGAGACCAACUUAGCGAAGCGGAUGAAAAAAGCGGCAAAGCUGGAGUCAAAAUCGACUAUAAUUUGUAUUGUAAAUUUUGGGCGCUUCAAGAUUUCUUCAGAAAUCCAAAUCAAUGUUACGAUCGACUUCGAUGGAAAACCUUCGAAACGCAUUCGAUGCACGUUCUUUCGGCAUUUUCGAGUUGCAAAUUAGAGGAAACCAACACAUCGAAGCGAAAACAUUCGGAUGACGAGGAAAUGUGUGUCGACUCGAUCGAGUCAGUUCAACAAUUUUUCGCGAAAUUCUUGACAAAUCCGAAAUUAUUGGCUCUCCAGUUGAGCGAUUCGAACUUUCGUCGUUCAGUUUUAGUUCAAUUUUUGAUUUUGUUCCAAUAUUUGACGUCAACAGUGAAAUUUAAACAAGAUUCUUACGUGCUGACGGCGCAGCAAAAUGAAUGGAUCAAAGAGACAGACGCUCAAAUUUAUAAACUUUUGAACGAAACGCCGCCAAAUGGGAAGAAAUUCUCGGAAACAGUGCGACAUAUGUUGAUGCGCGAGGAAAUUUGGAGCAGUUGGAAGAACGAGGGAUGUAAGGAGUUUAAAAAACCUGAACAAGCAACAGAUACAAAGCCGCAAACGGGAAAGAAACCUCGAAAAUUGCUCGGAGAUCUCAUUCGAGACUACACAAAUAGCGGAAAAGUCUACAUGGGAAAUGCCGAGCUCACUCGUUUAUGGAAUUUAUGUCCCGACAACUUGAGUGCUUGCAAGGGAUCCGAACGUGACUUCCUCCCUACCUUCGAAGAGUUCCUCGAGCAAAAGCCCAAAGACAAACCUGACUCAUCCUUCGAUUGGCGUGCCUUACGUUUACUCGCCCGUCAAUCUCCUCACUUCUUCACUCUCAACAAUCAAUCCGCAAAAGUCUCAGAUUGCCUCGAAACUGUCAGCAAACGCAUCAAGAAGGAAAAAGAGGAACGUCAAACCGCAAAUCCCGGCACAACGACAGAAGACACGCAAAACGGCGAAACAAAUCUCACGGAUAACGAUCAUCUCGCCGAAGAAAUGGAAGCGGAACUCAUCAAGGAUGACGGCGAUUCGCAAGAUGGCAGCAACAACGUAGAUCAACACGAGCACAAAGCAGCUGUUGUCACGCCGGAAAUUUUGAAACAACUUUCGGAGAAAAUUGGCGACGAAUGGAAACGACUCGCAGCGAAAUUGGGUCUCGCGAACGAUGAAAUUCAAUUUAUUGAGACAGAAAAUCCGGGAAUUGUCGAUCAAUGUAAACACAUGUUGACUGUUUGGUUCGACGACGACGAAGACGCAAGUUUGGACAAUUUGGCGUACAUUUUGGAAGGUUUGGAAAUGAAUGCCGCAAGUGAAUGUGCGAAAAAUUUCAUCGGACAGGAAAAAGUUGAGGAAAUUUCAGAUUAA